AUGGCAUCAAAUACUCUUCAGAAUGGAACUCCCGAUAUUGUCAUCGUGCGGGGAACAGUGGACGAUACUCCAGCAGUCCUCCAUCUCCUCGAUACCGCAGCCAAAUGGCUAGUUUCCCAUGGAAGAGCCGGGCAGUGGGGAGAAGCAUCGUUUUCAGAGAAUCCACGACGCAUUGAACAAAUCAAAGAAUUUGCAACAGGCGGUCUUGGCCUUUGGCUCGCUGUCAAGGUUUCUGAUGGCACCACGGCAGACCCAAAUCAACCCACCACCUCACUCCUCACAACUACGAGCGGAGGAGCUCCGGGGACUAUCUUAGGAGCGCUUGCUGUUGGAGACAGAAUGCCUUACGUGACCCCUGUCUCAGAGCCCGAGGCUUAUGUGAAAUUAGUAAUCACGGAUCGACAAUGGGCUGGAAAUGGAGUUGGCAAACGCCUUUUGGAACAUGCACGAGAUCUCGCCAACGAGGCCGGAGCCUCAUUACUUCGAUUGGAUUGCUAUGCAGGUGGUGACGGCAAAUUAGUCCAAUACUACGAGUCUCAAGGAUUUGAGCGAUCCGAAACCUUGGAUGUCGAAGGAAAAUGGCCGUGUCAAGUUCUUGCUCAGCGUUUACAUGUGAAGGAAGACUAA